CAGUUGCAGUUGGAAAGUCGAGCACGUUUCGUGGUGCUGUUGUGGUAGUGGGAUAUAUAUUUCUGCGGUAUCGGUCGGGCCUUGCUAUUCCGCCUGUGCUAUCACAGCCAUUCAGUCGAGUGCGUGGUCGUGAGCGAAUCGGUCGAAGUCACACAGCUUGUGCCAAAGAAGGAAAAUAUAUAUAUUACAUAGCCAGCACAAACAGCAGAAAAAAAAGAAUAAGUUAAAGUAUAAGUUAUAAGAUAAAGUUAAAGGAAAAACCGUGCGAAAUUAAUAUUGAAUGUGAGAAAUCAGUGGGAAAAAUCUGCAAGCGCGCCGUAAAAUGUUUACAUGAGAGUUAUCACAGCGGAUCAACGUUUUUUUUGAAGGUGUAACGCAAAGUAAUUUUUUUUUUUGAUUAGUUUUGUGCUUUACCAGCGCCAUGAAUCCGUGGCUCGCCAAGUUCCUUGAGCAAGUGAAAACUAAUCAUUCGCCUUAGUGUUUUUGAAGCAAACUUUUUGGCCAAGCUAUUGCGAAGGCAUCAUCGCCAGAAUAACUUGGGCAAGUGCUAUGAAAUUAACAAACAAAUAAGAUGCAAUUUAAAAGGAGCUAUACAAAUUUUUCAAAUCUAUGCAAAUACGAUGACUGCCUGUCAAAAAUGUAUCGCUGUGUAAAUAUAUUCCGAAAUUGUUGGGAAUAAGAAAGGAUUGUACAAUCAAGGCCAAGAAAACAUAUUAGAAGGAAACUAAACCAGAGGCGAAACAAUAUGAGUAAUCAAUCAAAAUCAGAAAGCUAACGAAAAGCAUUAGAUUAGAAGAAAGUCAAUGCCGCCAAAAAGUUGGUCGACUGCAAACGAACGAGUACUCUGAAUGAAAAGUGGCCAAAAUUCAAUUACGGGUGACUAGGGAGUUCUAUACAUCGACAGAAUCAACUAACCAAACCGGACCACAAACAAAAUGCAACACUAUGGAAGUAAAGUGAACGGAGGCUGAGGCUGAGUCCUACUGGAUACCUUCUGCGCCCAUUAAUCUGUCGGCAGUCUGGCGCUGUUGCUGGUUAUCGGAUCCAGGGGUUAAGUAAGAUAUGAAGAGGCAAUCACUUAGUCGGCUGGACAAUCUAUUCUGCCCUAGUCAGGAAAAAACCAUGAGCUUCCCACAGCCGCACACAUUGUCGGAAGCCCCUGCCAACGGUGGUAAAAUGCUGGUCUAUGGCCUGGGACUUCUAAUUAUGAUACCAGCUUGUACGGCUGGACCUCAUGAGAAGCGGUUGCUGCACGCCCUCCUGGACAACUACAACAGCUUAGAACGUCCGGUGGUCAACGAAUCCGAUCCAUUGCAAUUGAGCUUCGGACUAACACUCAUGCAGAUUAUCGAUGUGGAUGAAAAGAAUCAGCUGCUAAUUACGAAUAUUUGGCUUAAAUUGGAAUGGAAUGAUAUGAAUCUUCGUUGGAACUCCAGUGAAUUUGGCGGUGUACGAGAUCUAAGGAUUCCACCACAUCGCCUUUGGAAACCGGAUGUUUUAAUGUAUAACAGUGCGGAUGAGGGCUUUGAUGGAACAUAUGCAACAAAUGUAGUGGUGCGCAAUAAUGGAAGCUGCCUGUACGUACCUCCGGGUAUAUUCAAAUCUACUUGUAAGAUCGAUAUUACGUGGUUUCCAUUUGACGAUCAAAGAUGUGAGAUGAAGUUUGGUUCAUGGACCUACGAUGGUUUUCAGCUGGACUUGCAACUACAAGACGAAGCUGGCGGAGAUAUUUCCAGCUUUAUAACAAAUGGUGAAUGGGACCUGUUAGGUGUGCCCGGUAAACGAAAUGAAAUCUACUAUAAUUGCUGCCCAGAACCUUAUAUUGACAUAACAUUCGCCAUUUUGAUAAGACGCAAGACAUUGUACUAUUUUUUCAAUCUGAUUGUGCCGUGCGUACUGAUUGCCUCCAUGGCACUGCUAGGGUUUACACUACCACCAGAUUCUGGUGAAAAGCUUUCGCUUGGAGUCACAAUUUUAUUAUCGCUUACAGUCUUCCUAAACAUGGUGGCGGAAACCAUGCCAGCCACUUCUGAUGCGGUGCCACUGCUCGGAACUUAUUUCAAUUGCAUUAUGUUUAUGGUGGCCUCAUCAGUUGUGUCAACCAUACUUAUCCUCAAUUAUCAUCAUAGAAAUCCAGAUACGCAUGAAAUGAGUGAAUGGAUAAGAGUAAUAUUCCUUUAUUGGUUACCUUGCAUAUUGCGCAUGCAAAGACCCGGACAGGUUGGCUACGAAUGUCCGCCGCCGCCCUCCUCUUCGAGUUCAUCUAAUUCCGGCGAGAAAAAGCAACAGAUUCAAAACGUUGAGCUUAAGGAGAGAUCCUCGAAGUCUCUGCUGGCCAACGUACUCGAUAUAGACGAUGAUUUCCGCUGCAAUCAUCGAUGUGCGAGCGCCACUUUGCCUCACCAGCCGACAUAUUACAGGACGAUGUACCGGCAAGGGGAUGACGGCAGCGUGGGACCAGUAGGACCAGCUGGUCCUGUCGUGGAUGGACGCCUGCAUGAGGCCAUUUCCCACACCUGUCUGACGUCCUCUGCGGAAUAUGAGCUGGCGCUGAUCCUCAAAGAGCUACGUUGGAUAACCGAACAGCUGAAAAAAGAGGACGAGACAAGCGACAUAACACGAGAUUGGAAGUUCGCUGCCAUGGUCGUCGAUCGUUUGUGCCUUAUUAUUUUCACCUUAUUUACUAUUAUCGCAACACUUGCUGUAUUAUUUUCAGCACCACAUUUCAUUUUCCCGUAAACGGAAAUGCGUGGCAAGGAAAAUCUAAGCGAAAAGUGACAGACCACAAGAAGUUGGUGGUUUUUUGUGAAAGCCAAUCAAAAUAUUAGGAACAUAAAAAAAAAGAAAGAAAUUAAUUCAACCCGAACCCAAGCUUUUCAAACUGAAAUACUUUGACCGUCAAAGAGUUUUGCUAUUUAACAGUUUUAUAUUUUUAAAGAUGUGUCUGAUGGUUAUAAAAUAUUAUAAUGAAUUGAGAUAGUAACGUAUGUACGUAUGUGAAUGCAUUUUGUAUAAAUAAUAAAGUCGGGAUAAUACAAUAACUGUCUGGGCAUAAAUGUACGUUGCCGUGUACAUUGAAUUCGCCCGUGAGAUACAAAGCAGAGGUUUCUUAAUCGCGGAGCGCUCGUAGAUGCAAUCCACCUCCCUCUAUAAUUGAUCGAGGAGCGCCAAACACAUUCAACCAGUUCAGUCGAAUCGACAUUUAAGGAUAUACAUAUAUGUAUACAGCUUCACACUAUUAUUAAAUAAAAUUAGUAAUUAAAUAGUCUGUAUGUCACGUUCAAAAAGUUUUCAAUUCAAUUUGCUUAACUACUUCAGUUCCACACAUUGCAUUGUAUAAUUUCUUAAUUGUAGUUUUUUUUACUUUCGACCCCAAAUGCUAUACAAUUUUGAUAAAUGAAAAAGUGUAUACAAAAUGUGUUGCUAUGAUAUAAAAUAGAUGAGGAAUACGUAAUUCAAUCAAAAGAAAUUUAAAGUGAACGAAAACAAGAAUUGAUAGUGAAAUUGUUCCCGGUAAGAAACUAAACUGCAACACAAGAAUGUCAUUAAUCCGAAAAUGAUCGCACAAUAAAUUCAUAAAUACCUUACAAGCCGGAAAAAUUGAAAAACACAGUUUUACACAACGACACAGGUCACAGUCGUGAGAGAAACAAAAUACUAUUGAACAAAAAACAAUACUUGCUAAAUUUAUCAAAUUGCACUCUGCAACUAACCGAAAAUACGCAAACAUGAAAUUUCUUAUACAGAAAAACACUGAUUGCAUUUUAAGAAGAUAUGCAGUGCAGAUAUAUUAGGCACAGUGCACAGAGGAAUGAGAAAUAUUUGCUAGCAAUUAGACGAAAAACAAAUAGAGGCCAAUAGCUGUCACACAUAUUUCACUAAGUAUUUCCUGCUGGUUCGUCAAUGGUUGAACGCUGCGUUAAAAUUAACUGGUGCUAGUAGGCGCCAAAAUUAGAGUAGUUUUCUUGUUUCUUUUUUUUUUGUUGGAGUCCAAGCGACUGCAACGAUUUUUCAAACAUGAAAUUGGCUAUCGUAAAAUAUCAGCGCCUAUUGCAUGUGCUUUUUAAGAUAUUUGUAGCGCUUGUGCCUGAUUCAGCCAGUCAUUUUCCUCCAGCUGAAUAAUCGGCUGGACAUUAGUGGAUGAACAUUUUAGCUAGCAAAGAUGUUUUUCUGUCUGAGUACUGGACUUAAAAGCGAAUGAGCAUACCUUAUCUUAAAAUAAAAAAAAAGCUAACAUAAUUGGCAAAAACAUAAGCUAAAAUUGUAUGAUAAUGUUAAACACAAGUAUAAAGUUAACUAUUUUUAAAUGAAAAACAAUUAAGUGUCAAAAGCAACGAAAGCCGAAUAUAAAGAGCGUUAAAAAAGAAAUUUCAAAAGAGUAUAGUUUUCAGAGAGAAAGGAUCGCAGAUAUUCAUAAAUACGAGCAAAAAUAUAUCACUACAGUCAAACUUCCAUAGCUCAACCUUCCCUAACUCAAAGUCUCUAUAAGUCGAACUAGUUUUAUUGGAAACAGAGAGUAUAGAUACACGACAAACCAAUUCUGAAUAAUAAAGUCUCCAUAACUCAAUUUUUUUGGUGACAGAAGGUGGUUCGUGUUAUCGAAGUUCGACUGUAUCUUUGAAUUCCCAAAACAAAAAAAGUGCAAGUUAGAAUACAAGUUAGAUUUAACACAUUUUUAAACUAAAAUUAAAACAACAGCAAAAAGUUAACAGAAAAUUAAUGAGAACCGUAAAAAACUAGAUUAAAAAAGUAUGUAAGACCGAAACUGGAAACAAUAAAAUGUUUACAUUUUAGCUAGUGCA